GAUGAGUUCUGUAAUAAUAUGUAUUGGAAUUUUAUAGACAUUCAAUUAAUUUGAUUAAAUUUUAUGGACAUGCGAAUUAAUUUUAAAGUUUAUGUGGUGAUUUUGGAUACGUUGUUUUUAAGAUGACCCUGGAAAAAACACAAUAUAUCAUUUUAUAAUAGCAUGACAAGUAAAUUAAAAAAAUUACGACAAUGAUCCUAGCAAUGCCAGCUCUGACCUUAGACCAAAACGGUGGUAAAAUCAAUGCAGACAGCAACACAUUUAUUCUCCAAAGAAAAUCGUCUCGACGUCUGUCUAGUACAAGAGGUUUUAAAUCUGCAUUAUCGAUUCCAUUGAAAAAUGAUGAAGAAAUUGAGUCAAGUCAAGAAGAAUUUGAAGAAAUCUCGAUUCCAAUUUCAUCAGAAACUGAUAGUACUACUGGCUGGAUCAGGGUGUACGAAGGACUUAGUUGCGAGUCAGAACACAGUAGAAUAGUGUAUUUGACCCAUUGUACUACUACCAGAGAUGUCUGCAGGGAUAUGCUCCUUCCUCCAGAGUUAACUCUAUGGGUCUCUUGCGGCGGAGUGCGCCCAAGGCGCCUCGGCUUACGAGAACGUCCUUUGGCUCUGCAAGACACAUUUUUGCGAGGAGUAGGUUACACAGAUCCUUCUCGACGUUCUCGGCUAGGAGUAGACACACAAUUGCGAUAUUUGUUUCAACUUAGCACAGGACCUGCAGCAAGUUCUCCUAAUGCAGGAGCAGCCAGUGGUCAUCUGCAAAUUCUUAAGGGACAUGUGUUUCCUCAGUGGAAGAGCAGACCUGUUGCUCUUUUUGCUAGCAAAUUGCUUAUAUAUCCUGGCUAUGAUGAAGGUCAGCCAGAUAUUAUAGAUUUAUCAGGUGGUGUUGUGGAACCAAAAUCACCACGUUGUGGGCGAUUGUUAUUACGAGUGGCACCACAUAAUUCUUCUGAAACAAAUACUGUAUCACCUCAAUCAAUUAAACACGUUUUCUUCGGUUUCAAUCGAACGUGGGAAAGAGAUAUUUGGCUCGAAUGGCUGCAAAAGGCAACAACUCUUGAAAGUGAUCCAGAAAAAAUUGACCUAAGGGGUGCUGGUUUACGAGGGUUGUCUGAACAUUGUUUGAAUGGUUCUUUACGAGUAGAAGAAUUAGAUUUGGGCAAUAAUGAGCUUCAAGGAGCAAAUUUGGAUUUACUUUUUAGACUUAGUAAACUUAAGGUUUUAUCGUUGUCUUCAAAUAAUUUGGAACAAUUUCCUAGAUCUUUAUUGCAAUUAUCUACAAUCACACGACUGGAUUUGUCUGACAACAAGCUCGAAAAUUUGCCACAAGAAAUAUGUCUUAUGACAAGCCUAGCAGAAUUACGAGUUGAAAGAAAUGUUUUACGUGAUCUACCCGAUUCUUUAUGUUCACUUUCCUCAUUGACAACCUUGCUGGUGGCCGAAAAUCAAGUCAAAUUUUUUCCUACUUUUUUAAUCAGGAUGAGGGCUCUCGGAUAUAUGGAUUUCCAAGCUGCAACAAAUAAUGCUAAUAUAAAGGAUCAUUUGGAAGAAAGCGAUAAAAAUGAUUUGAAUCAGCCAUUGUCCAAAGUGAGCUUAAGGGCAAAUCAAUUAAAAGGCAAUAUUAUUUUAGGAAACUAUGGGAAUUUGGCACAACUAGAUCUGAGCGAAAAUUGCAUAGAAUGCUUAGAUUUGAGUGCCUUGGAUAACUUGCAAGUUCUUCAAUGCUCUAGGAAUAAAUUAUCAGAACUAACUUUAAAUGGCAGGGCUUUGACAUCUUUAAUUGCUGGAAAUAAUGAAUUAAAGAAGCUGAUUAUUUCACCACCGCCAUCAAAUCUCCAACAUUUUGAUGUAUCCUACAACGCCCUAACAGAGCUUCCCACGUGGGUUUGCAGUUGCCAUGAUCUGCAAGUUUUAUUUGCAAGUCACAAUAAAAUUCAAUCAUUACCUGAACAUUUAUUUUGCAGCGAGUUGAGCUCAUUGCAUACUUUACAAUUGGGUUAUAACGAGAUCCAAAAAUUACCUUCUUUGCCCAGAAGAAGACUUGCACUACAAGAAAUAUUUUUACAGUGUAAUCGUAUCACAUCGUUGCCGGAUAAUUUUUUUUCAUCAUGCACGCAAUUGAGGGUUUUGAAUUUGUCUAAUAACAGAUUGACUCAAUUGCCACCUACGGAAGAUGUAACUUAUGUAUUGGAACGGUUGUAUUUAACAGCUAAUUGUUUGACAGAGUCGAUUACGGAUACUGUAUCGUCAUUUUCGAAUAUAAAAAUAUGGCAUGCAGCUUAUAAUAGUUUAGCAACUUUACCGGAAAGCUGCAUUGCUGCUUUGAAUGAACUGGAAGAGUUAGUUUUGUCCGGUAAUAGAUUACAACAUUUACCUGACAAUUUGGCAGCUUUGGAACAUUUAUCAGUACUUAGAGUCCAUUCCAAUCGUUUGCAAUCUGCUCCUGGAUUUUCUGAAUCAAAAUGUCUUCGUGUGCUGGAUCUAGCACACAACCAACUAGAUAGGAUAAAUUUGGAGUCUUUAGUUCCACCGCAACUACAAUUCUUAGAUUUAUCAUGUAAUUCUCAAUUGCAUGUCGAUCCAAGACAAUUUCAGGCGUGCAGAUCCCAAAGACCAAUGAGUUUGGUUGAUGUCAGUGGCAGAAAUAGGGCUGCCUUACCAUCAACCCCAUGGCCCUACAGAGAAGGAGGUGAUGGUCAUUUGGACCCGCCAUGGAGAGUAGGAUUUUCAGAAACUGCAGGAGAUAGAAAUAAAUUGUGUAUAUCGCAGUUAAGAUUACCUGCGUUUUGUAAUACGGAAGGGUUAUUUGGAUUAUUUGAUGGAGAGUCUAGUGGUGAACUACCUGAUAUACUUCUCAAAACCAUACCAAGACUUUUAUUAGAAGAACUAACUGUUAAAGAAACUUGUACAGAGUAUAUGAAAUAUACUUUAUUAUCAGCACAUCGUGAGUUGAAACAGCGUGGACAGCGUGCAGGAGUAGACGUAACUUUGUGUCAUAUUUCUAGAACUAAACGAGCUGAUAAUGAAUUUUUACCUUCGACACGAAGGUACAUAUUGCGUUUAGCCAGUGUUGGUGAAGCAACCGCAGUUGUUGGGCGACCAAAUGGUGUAUUGCGUUUAACACCGCCCACUCCAUGUAGAAGAAUUGGUAACAGUGCUUCUUUUCCAUUGAUCACUCCUGAUCCUGAAGUAGCUGAAUUGACUCUAACCGACCAAGAUGAAUUUGUUAUCAUCGCCAAUAAGCAUUUGUGGGAAGUUUUGAGCCCAGAAGCUGCAGCUGAAGAAGUGCGAGCCCAAGAAAACGUGAUAUUAGCUGCAAAACGUCUGCAAGAUAUGGCACAAAGUUAUGGUGCUGAAAGUAAUAUAAGUAUCAUCGUAAUAAAAUUCAAUGAUCAUCCUAGUGAUGUGGAACAGUUGAUGAGGGAGUUACGAAGUACAAUUCGUAGCAAAGCAAGUCCAGUUGCUCCUUCGGAAGUUUGUGGUUGUGGUUGUUGUUGCGAAUUGCAAAAUAAUUGUUGCCAUUCGGUAAGUACUAGAAUGUCACCACGAAAUAGCGAUAGGUCCUCUCCGAGUGGCCAAAGUGACCAAGCACCAACUGAAAGUGCAACAUCACGAGCAAAUAGUGGUUUAAAAGUCGCAAGAUCUAUCCGGUCCAAAAUUGACGAAGAACGCGAAGAGACAGAUUCAGGUUUAUCUGAAGAGCAGUUCAAAUGUUGGGAGUAUAUGCUCGAACAAAAUACACAAUUAUUAUUUGACAAAGAACUCAAUACCUUGACAAGAGGCGUGCCUAGAAGAACUGCUCCAUCUACCUUGAGAAGUCAAAGAAGUCUUUCAUCCAGCAGUCCACAUUUAGCAGGUGUUACACCAACUCCAUUAAAUAAUACAUUUUUAUCUAGACAUUUUGGGAGUGCCAGGAAUUUUGCAGCUGCUUCAUUAAAACCUGCAGUUCGAUUUGGUUCAGGCAGGCCAGGUUUAAAUGGAGGGCCGAAUGCUGCAUAUUUUGGAAGUCUCCAAAGGCUUAUGCCUUAUAAUUUGGAAUAUGAUUUCAAUGUCAUGCAGGAAAAACCACAAUGGGAUCCUGAAGGUGACAACAGGAUGCAGCAAUAUUGGGGAGUAGCAACUACAGAAUUGUAAAUAUGAACAAAGG